GUGGAAGCGUAGGCUAACAAAUAGUUACAGGUUACAAUAGACUCAAUUAUAUCCGGUCUAAGGUAGCGGACAGCUAGUCUGUAAACGAAAAAGCCGGAUAAGAUGAAUCAAUGUCCAAACAUUCGCAGAACUUACAAGUACUUAUUAAGCAAGAAGAGAACAACAACACUAUCCCCACCCCUUCAGACACUCCAGUACCACCAGGCUGCCAUCACCCCUCUCAGGAUACUGAAAACUGUGUCACCAGUUCGGCUGUGUGCCAGAAGGUGGCGUCUUCGCACGAGCAUCACCGAAAGUUCACGAUUGCUGCUGCCAAUCCGAUCUUGGCCGAGAAGCUGUCGACACCGGCUGACGCGCAGGCGCCGACCACGCAAUUGGCCACACUCACACCGAAAGUGGAGAAAGGUAAGUGACAAA